GGUCUAGGGCGGAUGAUUUGGUACUAGCCCAGAUGGCGGCUGCCGCAGCGAGUCGGGGGAUCCGUGCCACAUUGGGCCUCCGUGAGAUUCGUAUCCACUUAUGCCAGCGCUCGCCCGGAAGCCAGGGAGUCAGGGACUUCAUCGAGAAACGCUAUGUGGAGCUGAAGAAGGCGAACCCCGACCUGCCCAUCCUAAUCCGCGAGUGCUCCGAUGUGCAGCCCAAGCUAUGGGCCCGCUACGCAUUUGGCCAAGAGAAGAAUGUCUCUCUGAACAACUUCAGUGCUGAUCAGGUAACCAGAGCCCUGGAGAAUGUGCUAAGUGGCAAAGCCUGAAGCCUCCACUGAGGAUUAAGAGCAAGAGCCCCAGAGCCUGAGCUCUGCUGGACUGAGUACAAUGUGGAGAAACGUGUUCUUCUGUUCUUUAUAAAGCUUGUGCUGAAAA